CGCCUCGCUCCCGCACCGGGCCCUGCGCUCGCCGCCAGUGGACCCUUCCUCGGGCAGCAGCUGGACCUACGGAGAUCCGAACAACCAGCAAGCGCGUGGAAGGCGCUGACGCUAGUUUUCUUCUUCUUUUUUAUUUUUUUCCUUCAAUCAGUUUGCAGGAGAAGAUUUUUUUUCUCUCUCUCUCUCUCUUUUUUUGGAACCCUUUUCCAGAAUGGAUUAUUUCUCCGUGAUUUUCUCUCUACUGUUGCUGGCUUGCCAAGGAGCUCCCGAAGCAGUGGCCUUGGGCACCGAGGAGCUCAGCACAGGAACUGAAAACCCUGGGGCCAAGCCCCCUUCCAGUGCGCCCUGGAGGCCUCACCGCUCCAAGCGCUGCUCCUGCUCCUCUCUGAUGGACAAGGAGUGUGUCUACUUCUGCCACCUGGACAUCAUCUGGGUCAACACUCCCGGGCACAUCGUCCCGUAUGGACUUGGAAGCCCAUCCAGGUCCAAGCGAUCCUUGAAGGAUUUAUUCCCUACCAGGGCAGCAUACCAUAAGAAUAGAUGCCAGUGUGCUAGCCAAAGAGACAAGAAGUGCUGGACUUUUUGCCAAGCAGGAAAAGAACUCAGAGCCCAAGACACCAUGGAGAAAAUCAGGGAUGACCAUAAGAAAGGAAAAGACUGUGCCACGCUUGGAAGGAAGUGCAUACUUCAGAAGCUGGUGGAAGGAAGAAAAAUAAGAAGGUUGGAGGCGAUUGGCAACAGCGUCAAGACGUCCUUCCGUGCUGCCAAGCUGAAAGCUCAACUCUACAGGCAGCACAAAGUCACCCACAACCGAACCCAUUGAUGACCGACUUCCUGUCUGAGGCCAGCGCCUGCUAGAGAGCCACGUGGCUGACUC